AUGCCACGCGUCUUCCCCUGGAACUUGCUGCAGCACGGACGAAUCGAGUUUGAGGCGCAGCUGAGGCACCUGCUGCUGCCAUUCAGCCCCGGCGAUGUCGGCUUGCCGGCCAGCCAGAGGGGUGAGCGCAACGCGAGCGCACUGGCCGCGGCGGCUGACCUGCUGGUCGAGCAGGCGCAGCACUGGCACGGCGGAUUGUUUCGCGACGCGGCCUCUGCGGUGGCAUUGGCCAAUCGCAUCCUCGCACACUUCGACCUCGUCGGCGUGACGUCCCACCUCGACGAGCUGCAGGAGGUGUUGACCCGCGAGCUCGCGCUGCGAGAUGCCUCUGGCGGCUGCGCCCGUCCACGUCACGCCAACCUCGUCUCCAACAAGACGCAGGCCACGCUGGCCGCGCUGCUGCAGCAAGACGAGACCCUACAGGCGCUCUGCCGCGCGCUCGACUCCGCGGCAGCGCACGACUGCCGAGAGCGCGUAGCGCGAGAGGCGUUGCGGGCACAGACGCCUGUGUCGGACAAGGUGUACCAGCAUUGGAGAGAUCGGUGGGAGGGAGCCGAAUCGAACCGAAGAUCGACCGGCACCAGGGAGUGCGCCGGCGCGGCCGCGGACGGAGCUGCAACUCGCAAGCCGGAACGCGGAAGCGGAACGCGGAAGACGGAUGCGAGAGAGGAGUAA